ACGGUUGCCAUACGAUGUAAUUUUCAAUUUUAUUGUGGUGUGUUAUUAAAUAAAUAAAAAAUGGACCUUCGACACUUUUUUGGCACUUACUUCUCGAAUGAUUCAAACUUUCAAUCAAAAGGGAAAAUUAGAAUUCGUUUAUUGUUUAUAUGAUCUUAAUGUAACCCAACUUCUUAGUGCCAAUUGAAACCCAAUUAGCAAUCUCUAGAGUUCCUUUCAACCAUCCACACUGAUUUUACUGCAUGAGUCUCCAUGGAAAUUUAUACAAACACCAAGAACGCCUUCUUCAACUACUUCAUGCAUGCUCAAGGGUUCGAUCUCUCAAAGCAACAAAACCUUUCCAUGCACUCACCGUUACACUUGGAUCAGUUGCAAACCAAACUAUUUUUGUUUACAACAAUAUUAUGUCACAGUACGUUUCACUUGGCGAGUUAUAUGUUGUACAGAAAGUGUUUAAUACAAUGCCCCAGAGAAAUGUAGUAUCCUAUAAUACGGUUAUUGGUGCAUAUAGUAGAUGUGGGUUUGUAGAAGAAGCUUGGAAACUGUUUUUAGACAUGAGGGGUUGCGGGUUUGAGCCAACCCAAUUCACUUUGGUUGGGUUGUUGUCCUGUGAGUCAUUGGAUCUUUGUCAUGGUGUUCAGUUGCAGGCCUUGGCGAUAAAGAAUGGACUGUUUGUUGUUGAUGCUUUUGUGGGGACUGCUUUAUUGGGUUUAUAUGGGAGACAACCAUGGCUUGAGGAAGCGGUUUGGACAUUUGAAGAUAUGCCUUAUAAGAGCUUGGUCACAUGGAAUUUGAUGAUAUCUUUGUUUGGUCGCCAUGGAUUUGUUGAAGAUACUAUCUUUAUGUUUCGUGAGCUCAUGAAGACAAGGGCUUCUCUGUCUGAAUUGUCUUUUGUGGCUGUCUUGUGUGGAUUUUCAUGCAAACAGGACUUGGAAUUUGGGGAGCAAAUACAUGGUUUAGUGAUGAAAAUAGGAUUUAUGCACGAAGUAACGGUAAUGAAUUCCCUUAUCAGUAUGUAUGUAAAAUGUGCUGGCAUACACUGGGCAGAGAAAAUGUUUGAGGAAGUUGCUGUUCGUGAUGUUGUAUCAUGGAACACUAUCAUUGGUUCAGCGGCGAGAAGUGAGAGACCUGGUAGAGCUCUAGAACUUUCUUCCAAAAUGUUCGCUUUGGGAGUGCUGCCUACCACUAUAACGUAUGUUAACCUUCUUACAUGUUGCACUGGCUUGAUGAUCCGACUUAUCGGUGAGUCAAUCCAUACUAAAAUAAUCAAGAACUCUUUUGAGUCUGAUGUUUAUGUGGGUAGUGCACUGGUUAAUUUUUAUGCUAAACGUAGUAAAUUAGAAUAUGCCCAUCGCUGUUUUUACAGGAUUAGUGCAAGAAAUGUGAUUUCUUGGAAUGCCUUGAUUCUUGGCUGCUCAAAUCAUUGUAUGUCAGCAGCUGUAAAAUUACUACAAGAAAUGCUUCAGUUGGGUUAUCGACCUAAUGAGUAUUCAUUUUCGGCUGUUCUCAAGUCAUCACUUGCAUUAGAGCUGCGACAGCUCCAUUGUUUGGUAAUAAGAAUGGGCUUUGAGAAUAAUGAUUUUGUAUUGAGCUCUCUUAUAACUUCCUAUGCUAAAAAUGGUCUCAUAUCUGAUGCCCUGGUCUUUGUUACCACUUCUGACCAUCCUCUUUCUGUUGUCUCCUGUAAUGUUAUGGCGGGAAUUUAUAAUAGAGCUGGACAGUACAAUGAAACUCUGAAGUUGCUUUCUCAACUUGAAGAACCUGACAGUGUAUCUUGGAACAUUGUGAUUGCCGCUUGCGCUCGAAACAAUUAUUACAAAGAGGUUUUUGAGCUUUAUAAAGAUAUGCAUGUAUUUGAAAUCUGUCCGAACAAAUAUACAUUUGUCAGUCUUCUAAGUGUGUGUGCUGCUCUUUGCAACCUUUCUUUAGGAAGUUCUGUUCAUGGUCAUGUUAUAAAAAAUGACUUCAAUCAUUGUGACACAUUUUUAUGCAAUGUGUUAAUUGAUAUGUAUGGGAAAUGUGGAAGCGUAGCAAGUUCAAGGAGAAUAUUUGAGAAGAUGAAAGACAGAAACCUUAUCACAUGGACUGCUCUAAUCUCUGCUCUUGGUCAUAAUGGUUAUGCUCAUGAAGCCUUAGAACGAUUUAAUGAAAUGAAGUUAAUGGGGUUUAAGCCUGAUGGUGUGGCUCUUAAUGCAGUGCUUACAGCAUGCAGGCAUGGUGGGUUAGUGAAAGAAGGAAUGGAAUUAUUUGGGCGGAUGAAAGAGAGUUAUGGAGUUGAACCAGAAAUGGAUCAUUAUCAUUGUGUGGUGGACUUACUAGCUAAAUAUGGACGUACUCGGGAAGCAGAGAAAAUUAUUGCCAACAUGCCUUUCCAACCAAAUGCCAUUAUAUGGCGUAGUUUCCUUGAAGGUAGCAAGAGACAUGCAACUGCAAUGGAUCAAGUGAGAUGACAUUAUAAAUUUGAUUCAGCUGAAUGGAUAUAGUUACUUGAGCAGAAAUUACUGCUAUACCAACCUCAGCAGGAAUGCUUUCUUCACCUUCUGAGUUUAAAAACAGUGAUUUAAACUAUAUUAUACAUAGCCUGAAGUGUUUGCCAGUGCUGUGGAGAACCUGCAGCAGUUCUCUCUGAUGAGCUAAGUGUGAGACUAUCUGGCAAGUCCCAUGUUGGUAAUGAGGCAUCGGCACUGAGAAAAGUGAUAGAUGGACGUCCAAAUAAGAGUAGGUCAAAUAGAAUGCAAGCAGAUGAAGGCGAAGGCAAUAAACAUUUGAAGAGCAAUUCGCAAGGUUUGGGAGGUCUCCUCUUUUAUAUUUAUCUGUGUACAUGAGUUUGUACCUUAGAUCAUGCUGAGAUCAUGCAUUUCCCUCCCUCUGGAUGUUGCCAUAUUUUUUGUGCUUUUUUGCCGACAAUCCAUAGGUAAUGUAAUGCCCUUAGUCUCUUGGCUGAGGAAUGUGGCCAGUUACACACAAAUUCACACAUAUGCAAUUAUGUGUUGAAUUCAAGAUGCGGUUGUUGGAAAACUAGUUUGACAAGUUCACCUAAUAAUUAAUCUUGGCACAUAUAUCAGUUUAAAUAUUUUUGUUCUCUUAAGCAUGUGGUAUUUAGCAUUAAUGUUCGCUAUGUUUUCUUUACAUAAAUAUACUUUUUUCUUAAUCUCAUCAUAGUUCAUUUUUUGGGUCAUGGUAUUGAAUUUCAAGCAGUGGAAUCUGUGGAGGAUAAUACAACUUCUUGUUCCAGUCUAGACAAACUAUCAUCUGAUUCAGAGGAGUCAAAUGAUUUCUGGAAAUCAUUCGUUCAGUCAUCAUAAGCUGUUGACAAAGUAGUAAAAGAUAAAAAUGGCCAUGUACCACAACAGGCAAAUAUUCCAAUGGUUGACAAAGAUGGUAAAGAAAGCAGUGAAAUUCCAAAACCUCAACCGAAGUCUUCCAACUCAGUCAAGCAAAAUAAAUGGAAACCUGAAGAGGUUUAAAACGAUUUAAGAUGUGCGGGAACUGCAUAGCAGAUUUCAAGUUGUGAAGCAGAGAAUGUCUCUGUGGGAGGAGAUAUCUACAAAUUGUUGGCUGAAGGGUUAAAUCGGAGCCCAAGACAAUGCAAUCUCUUUGGGCAUCUCUGGUUCCGCAAUAUGAGGUUUCUUGCCCUCCUUUUGAUUUAAGUUCAUUGUCCUAGUCUUGCCUGUGUUGAGAUCAAAGCAAUCCUCUGUUUGGCCUUUGUGUCCAUGCCUUACUUUGUCUAUGUAUCUUUUGUAUGUUUUUGUUUCUUUUCGGAUAGUAAAACCAAUUCUUUUUCUUCUCAACUGGAAAGCAAGAGUAAAGAGAAAAGCCUGAAAAGUUGGCCAUAUUUUAAGGAGAUGAAAAAUACUGUCUGAUUCUGAGGCUGUGGCAGCAAAGUGAUUGAGGAUGAGAAACAGUUAGUUAAAUUCUUUAAGGGCCUUCUCUCCAGCAGUCUUUAUUGCAAUAAAAGCUCAGACAGCAACGAGCAAGAUGAUGAUGUAUAUAUAUAUAUAUAUAUAUCAGUGACAUAUGUAUCAUAUCAUGAUUUCAUGGUAUUGAAGACCAGAAUCGGAAAUAGAAUGAUUUUUGUAGCUUUGGGGCCUCUUUGUAUAAUAUGGUUCAAUCAGAUUUUUUGUUACUCUAUCAUUUUCUUAAUCGGGAUUUUCAAGCAAUAUUUUUCGAUAAAAUUUUUGCCUUCACUAUGGUCUUCUUAAGCUUGGUUCCAGAGAAGCAAUUGAUCCAGGCAACUUAUUCUUAUUGUUCUUUACAAGGGCACGCUAAGUUAGUUUCCUCUUUAUAUGAAGGAGGAUUUAUGCGUUAAUUAGGACUAUACAUGUUUGUAUAUGUAGGUUACAACUCAUGCAUCGAUUUUCUAUUGAGCUGACGUCACAUGAAACAUUUUAUGCACGCACUAUCGUUUGUAAAUAAAACCGCUACAAAAUAUAUAUGCAGCAUAGUGUGAAUGACUGGAUAAGUAUAUUAUAUAUGAUAAGAUGCCUGUCAAUCUAUACUAGAAUGUGUUACAGAUUCCU